CGGCUGACCGCCGAGUCGGCCGCCGCCGAGCUGGCCGAGUACAAACUGAAAGCGCAGCGGAUCCUGCAGUCCAAGGACCAGCUGAUCGCCGGGCUGAAGGACGGUAGCCGGGGCGGCGACGGCGGCGACCUGCUGAACGCCGAGCUCGAGCAGGUGCGCUCCGAGCGGGAGCUGGCGCAGACCGAAGUGCAGAAGCUGGCCGCUAGAGUGCAGCAGCUGCGAGACGAGCUGCACCAGACGGAGGCGGCGGCGGCUGACGAGGCGCAGGCGGCGGCGGACGCGCUGCGCGAGGCGGAGACGCGCGAGACAGCCGACCGCCGCCUGCGUCAGGAGCUGGAGCAGGAGUUGGAGCAGGCUGGCCAGGAGAUGCGCUUUCUACGUGAGGAGAUGACGCGUCAGAAGACGCAGGCGCUCACCAGGCUUCAGGAGCGGGACGACGAGAUUGAGAAGCUGCGUCGUCAGAUCACGUCCAAGCACGUGGCCAGCAGCACAGAGGUGGAGCUGGAGACGCGUCUCCGGUCGCUCACGGAGAACCUGAUCCAGAAGCAGACCAACAUCGAGUCACUGAGCACGCAAAACAAGUCGCUUGCUGUGCAGCUGGAACGCGCCCAGGUACAGAUUGAGCAGCUGGAGGGGUGCGCGCCGCGGCCGGAACGGGCGCCGGGCCCGGCCGACGGCGACGCGCCGCGGCUGCGGCCGCCCGCCUUCUUGGCGGAGACGCCCUGGGACGGCAGCGUGGCGCGACGCGUCAAGCGAGCCUACUCGACGCUGGACGCCUGCUCCGUCCGCAUGGGCGUCUUCCUCAAGCGGUACCCGAUCGCGCGCAUCUUUGUGCUUGGAUACAUGUGUCUUCUGCACCUCUGGGUCAUGAUCGUGCUCUUCACCUACACGCCCGAGAUCCACGGCGACGACUUCCACCGGCCGUCCAGCCACCCACUGCCGUGAGCGGCUCCAGCGCCGGUUAUGGACAGCUAGUGUCGCCGCCGCCCUCGGGCCGCCUGUGCUCAGUCCGAUGACUCUUCUUGUGUGCAUGGUGGGAGCUGGUGUAGGUGACCUUGUUAUGUAGAUUGUAGAUUGUUUUUAGCGCGGAGAUAACUUCACAGUUUUCGGUACUAUCUCGUGAUAUUUUGCAUAGGGUAUGGCGGCGACUAUUUUUGCGGUCUUGCACGAAACGUCUGGUGCAGAGUUCGGAAGAUUGUGCGCGUUGGACAUCGUGCGAGCCGGUUGGCUGCUGAAACAGCUGUAGCUAGUUGACAUCGCGUUCAGUUGGUACCCAGGGUCAGCUGCACCCGCGGGGUUAAGUCGUCGAGGUCAGGGGAUCUCCAACUCCCUGCUGGCCCGGCGCCCAACCGGUUGCAGGGUUUCCAGAUCUGCAUAUUAACGGGCGCCUCCAGGACGUUGGACUCGCGGCGCACCCUGACCGGUUUGAGUCAGCUGACGCGACGCUAGAGGCCUGUCCAGCUGGCCGCCUGUCCGUGGCCGCCUGCCUGUCCCGGCGCCGGUGCCCCGGCCCAGCGGUGCCGACCCAGUCCCGCCGGAGGGCUGGGGCUCGCUCACACUGGGCGCAUGUGCUGGGUCGGUAAAUGCCUGUCUGUAAAGAACAUGUCUGGAAACACACCGAUUCUGACACAUCGUUCCCCGGCUGCGUACAGAAUGUGCCGCCGUAUGUGACUUGCCGAUGUGCCAACUCAUGUGACGCGACCCGAGUCGUGACCGGGCAUGGCGUCCUUGCCGCUGAGCGGCGCAGCGUCACAUGUAACGAGCUUUCCACCGCUCCCAACCUGCACUCGCGAGCGCCGAUCGCGUGACUCCCACCGCCCGUCGACGCCGGAAAAGCCGGCUCCUGCGCCCAACACUGUAUGCAGUGUUAGGUUCGUUGUGUGGUGUGUUGAGAGGGGAGGGCUGACGCGAGUAGAAUAAAUCCUUUGUGUUUAUUUUAAUUGGCCACAAGUGUUAUUUAUAGCCAGCCACGUGGGUGAGCCGUGGGCCGCUCACGUGUGCCCCUGUGCCUGUUCACGGAUCGCGACCAGCCAUCUUGCGCUCGCGCUCUCUGAAGUCGUGCGGUAUGUGGGCGUCGUGAACUGCUGCUGAAUAAACCGGGGGCGCGUUCUGUAGUGGCGGGUAUAACGCCCCC